AUGCCGUCUUCAAAAGCGAGAAAUAGUCCGUCUGAGCGGCGCGACCGUCUUACGCUUGCGAAGUUGGCUAGCUACGACGACGUUGCGACCGAUGCGCUGGUGGAUCGGGCCUACUUCUGGACGAACACUCGCAAGAAUCGAACUAAAUACAACCCCAUCCGCGGGAUCGUCGAAGACGAUAUCGCCCACAUCAUCCUUCACGAUGUCAUUGUCGCCAAGGACACCGUGAAGGCGGAACGGCAGCUACUGUCCACUUCCGGUCUCAAGAAGUAUCUGGCGAAGCUCUCAAACGACCGCGAGAAAGAAUGGUUUCGUCGACACCUACGCAAGUACAUUCAGAUGUACCUCCCGGACUCGCCAUUCGAGGUCAUGACCACCAAUCGCUACACGAUCACCGAGCACGAAGCGGCCAUAUGCGCCCGCAAGUUCAUCAAGCAGGGCGAGGAGAUCAAGUAUCUCGGCGGGACGCUGGUCCCCGUCACUCGCGAGGAAGAGCAGGAUUUGGAUUUGAAGAGAAAGGAUUUUAGUAUCGUCAUGUCGAGCCGACGGAAAACACCCUCCUUCUUCCUGGGACCGGCUCGGUUUGCUAAUCAUGACUGCAAUGCGAACGGGCGACUGGUCACCCGUGGUUCCGAGGGCAUGUUGGUGAUGGCUACGCGCGAUAUUUACACCGGAGAAGAAAUUACGGUAUCUUACGGCGACGAUUACUUUGGGAUUGACAACUGCGAAUGUCUCUGUCUGACGUGCGAGCGAGCCGUACGCAAUGGGUGGGCGCCGCAUGUCGAUUCGGAGGACUCGAGCCCCGCGUCGACGCCAGCCUUGCCCGACGACGCGCUAUCGUUGGACAGCCACUGCUCGCCCAGGAAACGCAAGCAGGGGGCCGACCCGGACCCGGACACCUCGCCUUCGUCCACCCCUCGCAAGCGUGCCAAAUUCAUGCCACAAAGUUCCAAAUUGCGAUCCGAGGUGUCGCUGACUGAAAUCACCACUACGGUAGAGUCGACGUCGGAUCAAUCUCAGAAUGGCGUCGCGCUGCCUUGUUCCACGGAAGUACCAUCAGCACUGCCACCUGUCGAAGUCGCGGCAGAGUCCACAACCGUUAUGAAAAUCGUUUCGGAACACAAAAUCAAUGUAGAAACCACCCGAUUGCCUCCGCCCCCUGCCGUGGUCGGUUGUGAAUCGCCUUCGUCCUCGCUGGAGGCCAGCGAAUCGCACGGCUCCUCGACUUCAACAACCGCCACGUCGGUGUGUGAGGUCAAGAUCAAAGUGGAGGAAACCAUUGAAGUUUCGCCUCGCGAACCGAACGACCCGAUGCCGAUGUCGACGCCGACGGCGACUGUUGAGCCCGGUCCGGAGCUACCCGAAAAGGAGCGGCUGCGAAGGGGCAGCGACAACGACGCACUGUCCGAUCUGUCCGACUCGCUGGAGCUCGACGAAAAGCUGGGCACCGUGGUCGAGCGGACGAGAGGCUCUCGAGGCUCUCGAGGUAGGCACGCCGUCGUUCCGUCCGUGGAGGCCGAUUCACGCCGAGCCCGCGUUCCUGGUGACUACACCAAAACCUCCAAGUUACUCGCACAGGCCUACGAUCGGUGGGUAGACUGCCAUACAUGCAAUGCAUGGUUUGUACAACCCAACUCCUACCUCACCCGCCGAGAAUGUCCCCGUUGUGAGCGCCACUCGAUGCUAUAUGGGUUCCGCUGGCCCAAGACCGAGCGUGAGGGACCGUCCGAUGACGAGGAGCGCGUGCUGGAUCAUCGCACCGUGCAUCGAUUUCUUUACCCUGAUGAAGAGGCGCGCGUCUCCCGCAAGGACCGUGGAGUGAGCUUUGGAAUCACCCCGACGCCGGAGCUGUCAGAGCCUCGCACGGAAACCGAGGACAGCGAGGCAUGCGAGGAGCAACAGCGCCGCAACACUCGGGCCAGCCGACGGCGGACUCGUUCGCUUCGCAUGACCAUGUAA